GGUCAGCAACGAAAAGAUGAGGUUAGAGCAGGCUGUCAUCAAUUUAUGAACGACCCGAAAUCUCACAAAGAAAAAUUAGCCCGUGAACAUCGAAAUAGCGAUUUUCUUGAUAGGAUCGAAUUUAGCGAAUUCUAUGGUCGUCUAAAAGCAAUAAAAGAAUACCAUCGUCGUAAUGAAACAGUUGAACCUUUAGAGCUAGAAUUUAUCAAUCAAACAAAAUCAAAUGGAGAAAAAGACG